AAUUGAGUAACAGCCCAAAGUUAGGUAUUGUAGUUACAGCUUAGCCUUACGCGCCUUAUCUUUCUUCCAACCCCAUUUCUCUUCUCUCUUCCUCUGCCUUCAAAGAACUCAACAACAACAACAACCUUCAAAUAUUGCACAAAUUCAAAUAAAAUGAGCAUAAAUAUCACUUUCAAUCCCACAAUCAAAACCAUUUCAAUCUUCUCCCCCAAAACAUCAUCCAACCUUCAGCAAUUACCAUUUCCAAUCACACUUACUUCCAAACCACCCACUAAUUACUCACAACUUUCUCUCUCCUCAAUCUCUCUCACAAGGAGGACAUUUCUUCCUUCAGUUUCAGGCAUUUGGGAUGCUCUGACUGGAGGCGCCAACAAUAAUCCCCGCGAAGCUGCUCUUGCCAUUCGCCGCGGUAUGCAGCUGUUUAGACAGGGUGAUGUAAUGGGGUCUGUUGUGGAGUUUGAUAGAGCAAUUGAGCUUGAUCCUCGUCAAAAGGCAUAUCUUUGGCAAAGAGGAUUGUCUCUAUACUAUCUAGACAGAUUUGAAGAAGGUGCGGAGCAAUUCAGGUUGGAUGUAGCUCAGAACCCAAAUGAUACAGAGGAGUCAAUUUGGUGCUUCCUUUGUGAAGCUCGACUUUAUGGGGUUGAUGAAGCUAGGAAACGAUAUCUUGAGGUUGGUAGAGAUCCAAGACCGGUGAUGCGCCAAGUCUACGACAUGUUCAAAGAUGGUGGUGAUCCUCAGAAGCUGGUUGAUACAUUCUCAAACAGUCGAGAUGGAGAAUAUUUUUAUGCAUCUCUGUAUGCUGGCCUCUAUCAUGAAGCACUGGGUGAAGAAGACGCAGCUAAGAAAUAUAUAGUUGCUUCUUGCCAAUCCCCUUAUGCACAAAGGUCUGACGAUUACAUGGCUUCUUUAGCCAAGGUCCAUUGUAUAUGUAGAAACUGGAGCUUAAAUCCAACUUCAACUUGAGACCAACAUUUGGCCUAGAGCUGAUCAUUGUGUUCACAUCCAUCUUAGAUCCAGGUUUCGACAUGAAAGACAAUGUAUAUGAAGAGAUCUUGGCAUAGCAGUCAAGACAUUUUUUACUUGCAAUUGUUAAAUAUAUAAGGAGUUUUGGUCAUGAAUUACCAAAAUUUUGGCAAUCCCAGCAUUACAUAUAUGGAAGCAGUUUGGUCACGACAUUUAUGUAGAUAAUGUGUAUGGCUUCUUUGUUAUUGAAAUAAGCAAAAGAUCAGCUUGAAAA